AUGGCGGCUGUGGAGGCCAAACGUGCUUUCAAACAAGCGCAUUCUCCCCUCCUGCCUGAUGUUCCUCCGGCGAUCACCUCUUCGCAACGUUCACAGAUGGCCCGGAAGGCCUUUGAUCAAUCGCAGCUAUCUCAAUUGCCGCUGGCUAGUCAGGGUGAUGGGGUUGAAAGCGUUCAAGCCUCACAAGCCGAACCAGAGCCCAAAGAGCCUACGCGUGAUCCCCUAACCUUGCGUCUGCGUGUCAAGCGACCAUUACCCAAGUCCAGUCCAAUUAAAUCCCCGCCGGUCUCACCUCCAAAGCCGAAAAAAGUGCUAAAACAUGAGAGCAGUGUUAAGGUCAAGCCUAAGGGAAAGGGCAAGGCUAAAGGCAAAAAAGUCAAAGUCUAUUUUUUUUUAUUAUUGUUUCAGACUGUUAUACAAGGAUUGUUCUAUGCUGGUGAUCAUGAUCGUGGUGCCUAUAAUACUUCAAUACCACCUGAAUCAUUGAGACCUUCAAUGAACAAUGCGAUCAUCAUACCAUCAACAAUCCAGGAUUACUUUUAA